UUCUGGAUAAACCAUUCUAGGACACGUUUACUUCCUGUUUUAAAAAGCGAAACAUGAAUACUGUUUUGGCGAGAUUAAACACAAUUUUUGCCUUCACGCUAAGCGUGAUGGCAGGAUUGACCUUUCUGUGCUUUUUAUCAACAUAUUUCAAUGAUCACCAGGCAGUUGUUGCCAUUAACACAGGAAAGGUCAUCGUUAAAAAUGUACCUGAUUACAGUGCAUCAAGAGAGAAGAAUGAUUUAGGAUUUGUUGUCUUUGACCUGCAAACAGAUUUGUCAGAUAUAUUUAACUGGAAUGUGAAACAGUUGUUCCUGUAUUUGACAGCUGAAUAUAAAACUGAAGAUCAUGCACUGAACCAGGUUGUUAUAUGGGACAAGAUUAUAAGGCGUGGGGAGAAUUCUAUCCUAGACUAUAGGAAAGCUAACACCAAAUACUACUUCUGGGAUUAUGGUAAUGGGCUCAGGUCCAAUAAGAAUGUGACCUUGACAUUGUCAUGGAAUGUGAUACCAAAUGCUGGCACCCUGCCAAAGAUCCAAGGUCAAGGUCACCAUAGAUUCCAAUUUCCUGAAGAGUACAGCCCCAACAGAUUCCAAUAAGAAACAGCUUUAGAAUAGAAACAUUUUAGGAUAUUAUUUUAAUUUGAAAGAAAAUCAAAAUUUGGUGGCGGAAUCAUGAAGUGUGAUUAAACCCUUAACCUGCUAAAAUUCUUACAUGGACUUAUCAAGAUUCCAUUAUGGAACAGUCCAUUAUCAUCUUUAGGGAUAUGAAAGUUUUAUGUUGGUCAGCCAACAGUAUAGAGCCUUGUUUGAUUGGACGAAUGUUCAGACUCACCUGGCUCUGUAAUGGUGGCUUAUUACUUUAGAUUCCAGCAAGGUAAGGGUAAAGAUAAGUGAGCUGGCCCAGUUGUACUUCUUUAUUUCUAAGACUUGGUAAUCAGGUCUUUUUGCAAUUUCUUUAUGGUGCUUUAUGAUUUUAUACUUUUCUUUGUGGAUAUUUUCUGUGAGGAUAAAAGAUUUUGUUGAAAAAAAAAAGAGAUUUGUGGAUAAAAAUAAGAGUUUUUGUAGUUUUUGAUACUGAUAAUGAGAUAUUCAUAAAGAGUUAAGUAGAUAUGGGAAGUUAAACAUUAAACUGUGGCCAUUACAUGUAACUGACAUGUAAAGGAUGUUUAUUCUGAUUCAAAAGAAAAUGUGUGUAAGACCGAUUUGUAUUUUGUUGUUAUAUUAGUUGAAGACUCAAAGUCAAUCAAUGUCAUCUGCUUCAAGACUACAGAGGCCUCGAUUUGUGUGCUCCAUAUCGUCACCUUAGUGCAAUAACUGAUUAACUGAUUGAAUUUAAAAGAACUUAUUACGUUACUGCACAAGGGUGACGAUAUAUGGUGUUAAUUUAGUCUACCUCUCACAAGCAGGUGUACAAUAAUUGUUUUAUGAUCAUUUAACAUUACAUGAUGCAAUAUAUCAACGAAAUUGAAUGAAAACAUUUUGAAUUAUUUAUUAAGAUGCACACAAGCAGCAAGAGAUGUUAGGACCAUAAAAACACAUUUUUGUAAAGAUUUAUUACAUGAUUUGACGAGAAAAUUCUAAAGUAACUUUAUUUAUGACAUUGUCAUAGUAACCAAUCUUUUAACCAAUUUGGUGACAGUAUUUUUUUAUUUAUUUAAUAUAUUAUUGUGCAUGAUUAUGUGCUGUGUAAAAAAUGUUUUAUAAAAUGCACAACGCAUGUAAUUUUCUAGCUUUAUGUACUUUGUAUAUGUGAUGUUAAUAACAUUCACAAGAAUGUAGAUUAAAUUUAGAUAUUUAUUUUCUGUCAUGUCAAUGAAAUGAUUUAAUGCCUGAUAAAUGACCUACGGGAUGCCAACUAUUAUAUUCAUUCAAAAUUACUCCUCUUAAUCUUUUUCAUAUUUAUAUAAAGGUGUGAAAAUAAAAAAAGUGGCUUUUUUUUUCCAAAAGUAUAAAAUAUAUUUUGUACUUUAAAGUGAUAUUAUUUCAUGUGUAAAAACGUCUGCUAUUACAAUAGUUCUAAAAUUGUUUCUGUGAAUACAAACAAAUAUUCACCAAGUAAAUUUGUUGAAUAGACAUGAAAAAAAAAGAUUAAUGUGUAGCAACUUUGGUCUUUGCGGUCUAAAAAUAACCGUUUUGUGUUGCACUUAUGUAUUUUUGCAGAACAAAUCAUAAAUCAUGAAUAAUACAAGUGCUAUAGCAAACUUAUAAUCAGUUAGAGCACAAUGAUUAUUUUACUCAAUACACUUAUUUGAUGUGUAGAAUAACAAAUUGUCACGUUACUGCUGUAAUUGGUUGACUAGGCCCUCCUGAGACAUUAUUUCUCUGUGGCAUCAUGUCCUCUUAUAUAUAACUAAACAAUGAUCUGAAUUUUAUAUCACUCUUCAAAUUCUUUGUUAAUCCUUAAGGACGUUUUAGGGAAGUUUCAUAUAGACAUAUAGGCAAAAUUAAAACUGUUCUAUAGAAUUUCGGAAAAUGUCUUUAACAAGCUUAAAUAGACUUGUCCAACUUUCAGUUUUGGAAUAAUCUGUUAUUGAUUCUGGGUGUAACAAGAUAAAAAUUGAAGUUGGCGAGUAAACAGUAUUGAGCCUGGUCAGACAGCAUGGAAGUGCAAGCUAGCCUAGCUCUAUACUGUUGGCAAAGGUUACUCAUUCUCGGUUCCAGCAGGUGAAAGGUAAAAUGAUGUGUGCAAAGAUUAAUUAACAUUAUUUUUCUACAGCAAUGUAUGCUAGCGUGUGAUAAUAAAAUAAAUUGUUUUUGUGAAUGUGAACAUUGUAUGUGGAUGUAAGAAUGCAAUAAAAUGAAAAAACACAUAUAUGAUAGUAUUCAGCAUGUAGUAUAUAAACUUACUGAUAUUAUUGUUUUCAUCAAUUCAUUAACUGCAUUAAUUGUAAAUAUUUACAUUUGAUGAGAAAUAUUAGAUAAUCAUUACAUACAAUUUGUGUGUAGGUAAUAUUUUAUUAAGAAUUUGUAAUUCUGCUUUCCCUUUUUUAUACACCUAAGUAGUGCAUAUUUAGACAAAUAAAAAGAUAUACAUUGUAUGGAUAAUAGUUCCAGUAUUAUAAAAAAUGUAGAUGUUGCUAUUUCAUUUUUUUAGAUACCUAUAUGCUAGACUUAUUUCAAGCCAUAAUUUUGUUCGGACAGAUUUAAAUAAAUGUGUCCAGAGGCAACUAGUCAUGUUUUUCAAAGUCUAAGACUGGUACAGUAUAAUUUAACAGGCCAAAGGAUAAAAAAUCUUGAAUAUUGUAGACCAGUCCAAAAUUCUAGCAUUUGAUUGGCUUAUUUUGAAACAUUAUUGAAAUUUGCCAAUAAGAGUGUUUUAUUUUCAGACUGGUGUACAAUUUCAAGUUUUAUAUCGUUGGACUGGACUAUAGAUUACUGAUGAUGGUCUUGUGUGAUGUGUUGUUAAUUUUUGAAUAAUGUAGACAACCAAAUGUAUAAUCAUUUUAGGAAAAUAAAUUUGUUUAUAAAAUUUUGUAAAUUAAUUUGAUAAUUAUUUAGAUAUCAGAUAUUUAUCUAAAGUGCAUGUAGAUAUUCAAUGUAAUUUUAUUACAAUUGUAAGUGCAGCAUUUUAUACCUCUAAUAAUAUUUGUAUGGAAUUUUAUCCAUGAUAGAUGUGAAGAAGAAAAAUAUCUGUAUGAAUGAAAAUUAUUGUAAUGUACUAGUAUCUUGUAGUAUAUGUAGUUGUGCAUGUUUGCUGUCUUGUAAUUAUCACAUUUCUUCUUCUCAAUUGUUGACCAUUUUUGAUGCCUUUUUUACAACAAUAUACAUGUAGAUUAUCUUGUUAUCAUAGGCUUAAUGUGAUUUUGUUAAUGAAACGAAAAAUGCCAGUUCAUGAGUUGCAAAUGCAUUUGAUGUUAGUAUUUGUAGUGAUAAAAGCAUGAAAAGUUACAGAUCUGCUACAACAUAAAUAUACUAUUGUAGUCCGAAAAUGUGAAUAAUUGUGAACUGUUAUUAAUGAAAUGUGGAAGAUUUUCAUUAAAAUUUGAAACAUCACAUUCAUAUGAUGAAAUGUGAAAGGUUUUCAUUUAAUCAUUUAUAUAUAAGGAUGAUGCAUCUCCAUUAUUUACCAUUUGAAGAUUAAAAGAAAUAGCCAUUAUUUGUGCUUGUGCAAUUUGUUAAUAGUGAGUAUCGUACAAUUUUUUUAGACUAAUUGAAAAGUAAAAUUUUGGAUAUGAUAAUUAGACCACCAUAAAAAUGUUAAGUUUGCAAUAAUGUGACCAUGUGCGAAUUUACUUUCACAUGUUUUUACCUAAUUUUUGCCAUUUUGUUUUAAAAAUAUUUAUUCAUUGUAAAAGGCCAUGUGACAGCAAACAAGCAUUUUUCAAGGAUGUCCUUCAUGCACUAAGCUCAUUGUUUAUUUGUUGUUUUUCUUAAUGAUUGAAUGAACUAUACUUGUUUGUUAUGUGAAUUAUUUGGUGAAUGGAUUUACUGGUAAUAAAUUUUCAUAUUUAUUUUAUUACCUAAUGACAUCUAUGUCUAUUGUUGUAAAAUAAAAAGUAAAAAUGUGAA